UACCAGUGAGCUGACCUGGUGAUGGUGAUGUGGAUGAAAUAACGGUAUCCCUUUCAUCAGCGUCGGAUGGGAAAUGGCGAGAUAAAAGCAGGGGUUUGCAUGGACUUGAGAUGAUGAUGAUGAUGAUGAACUGAUGCUUUGAUUCAGAGCAACGCAGAUCAAACCACUGCAGAGGAGAUGGGUCAACUUUGGCGGCGAGACAUCGCCCUGUCAAAGACGUUGGGGAAUGCCUCUCCUGUCGGCUUUGCCCCGGGGCCCCCAGCCACGGUGGCCCCACAACAGUCCAACUCCUCCUUGGUACCAGAAGCCCCGCUGGUCACACCAGAAGACCAAUUUUUCCUCAUGACCUCCACUGCCCAAACCAUAUCGGGAUUUUUUGUUUGGACAGCUCUUCUGAUCACAUGUCACCAGAUCUACAUGCACCUGCGCUACUACAGCUCUCCAAAUGAACAGAGACACAUAGUCAGGAUCCUCUUCAUAGUCCCCAUCUACGCCUUCGACUCCUGGCUCAGCCUCCUUUUCUUCACCAACGAGGAGUACUACGUGUACUUUGACACAGUCCGAGACUGCUACGAAGCCUUUGUCAUCUACAACUUCCUGAGUCUGUGUUACGAGUAUCUGGGAGGAGAGAGCGCCAUCAUGGCUGAGAUCAGAGGGAAACCCAUUGAGUCAAGCUGUGUGUAUGGGACCUGUUGUCUGUGGGGCAAGACGUACUCCAUUGGUUUCCUCAGGUUUUGCAAACAGGCGACUCUCCAGUUCUGUGUGGUGAAACCCCUGAUGGCAAUGAUUACUGUCAUUCUUCAGGCCUUCGGGAAAUACAGAGACGGAGACUUUAACGUGGCUAGUGGUUACCUGUACGUCACCAUUAUCUACAACGUCUCCGUCAGUCUGUCGCUCUACGCUCUCUUCCUCUUCUACUUUGCUACGCGUGAACUGCUUGUCCCGUACAACCCAGUACUCAAGUUCUUCAUGGUCAAAUCAGUCAUCUUUCUCUCCUUCUGGCAAGGGAUGCUGCUGGCCAUCCUAGAGAAGUGUGGAGCCAUCCCUCAGAUCAACUCGGCUGACUUCUCCGUGGGCGAGGGAACAGUUGCCGCCGGUUACCAAAACUUCAUCAUCUGCAUUGAGAUGUUCUUCGCUGCUGUUGCUUUGCGCCAUGCCUUCACUUACAAGGUCUACAUGGAUAAAAGACUGGACUCGUAUGGCUCAUUUCCUAUCUAUGGACAGUACGGUCGCUGCGCCCCAAUGAAGAGCAUCUCCAGCAGCCUGAAGGAGACCAUGAAUCCAGGCGACAUGGUCCAGGACGCCAUCCAUAACUUCUCCCCAGCGUAUCAGCAGUACACCCAGCAGUCCACACUGGAGCGGAGUGGGGGGCCGCCCCUCUCCCGCAGCCACAGUAACCUCAGCACCCGCGGGGACAACGAAAAGACCCUGCUGCUCAGCUCUGACGACGAGUUCUGAGACUCUCAAGCACACGCUCACUUUACUCCUCUAGCCCAUAUCGAAUUUUUACCACCUAUGUGAGACAAAUCUGAUCUUUUGUUGCCACUUUAACAUGGAAGAUCAGAUUCUGAUUUCUGUUUUUUUUUUUUACAUUUAGACAAUGAAACGAUCAGAUUCAUGUCAGUCUUAUGGAACUAUGGCUGACAGACUGUGGGAAGGGAUUGAGUGUUUUUAUAAGGAAAGAGAGGUCAUAAUUGGUACAGUAGGAAAAGAGGAUGGAGAAGUUACAAAUAUAGUCAGGGAGAAGAGAAAUCAAACCAGACAUUAGGUUUAUUAACUGGUCAAGUUGUCAUUUGUUUUGAUGUCACAGAGGCCAUUACUGACAGAGCUACUAUAUCACAUGGGUACAAAUAACCAUGCCUGCAUUUAGCGUCCUUGUCCUGCACUUUAAACACCACAGCAACAAAAAAAAAAAACGUUAUAAGGUGUGGGCUAGAGCAAACAAGUGCCAUCUUUAUCUGAAACACACGGCCUCCAUCUGUCAGUUUUUAUAUUGAUUCUCAAUCCAAACUCCUCCACACCCCUCUGCCAAUUCUGCCUCUUACCGAAACAUUGCCAAAUAGAGGGAGCACCCUGUUGCUCCAGUCAAUGAGACACACUGUCUUAAGAUUUAGAUCUAAGGAGCCUUUGAAUUGCCAGGCUUCAUUUUAAUAUAUAAGAUUUUUUUUUUUUUUAUUUAAAUGUUGUAUGACCUUGACGGUAAAGCUCAUUUAAAGAGUAGUUUGUUGGAAAAUUGUUAUUCCAGAGAUGUUCUAAAUAUUCCGUGUUUGUUUUCAUUUAGUUGUGGGUUUAUAUGAACAAGCGACUCAAAAAAAAAAGUGUAAUUGUGUGACUCCAGCUGUCGGCCCGACUCGGGCUCCUCGCGCAACGCUAUUGUUGGUGGAGAGGGAACAGCUGGAGGAGAGGUUUUAGCGUGGGCAGGGAGACUGACGGAAGGACAACACCCACACAGAUUACAGAUUACCGAAGAAGCAACACUUCCCCGCAGAGCCGGCCCAGCUGUGAUGUGCUGCGGAUUGUAAAUCCCAUAAUUAAGGGCAUUACAUGCAGCACAGAUCAGGCCUGCCUCUGCUGGUAUUGUUUAUAACGGCAUCACUGCUAUAGUAGUAGUGUGUUAGUCAGGACGUUGGUCGUUAUUACAGACGGAUAAGGCCACGAAAAGAUAUGUCAAUGCAAACAAGGCUUUAAAUCAGACUGGACAAAGGAGUAUAUGGGCAUUAAAAGUUGGUAUGCAAGAAGAUGCCAAUUGGUUUGUUAAGGGACACUAUAGCAGUGAUGCAUGGUAGAAAUAAUUGAGUCAGAUCCUUCAGGCCUGCCUGUCAUCCUCUGUUUCCUUUUACUAGAGUUAGUUCAUCAACUGAUGUUUAAUAUGCGUUUUAGCAGGGGCCAGUAUAGAAGCUGCUUGUGGCCGUGGUCGUAAAUGUUUGAUGGCAGAGCACAGCGAUAUAAAAGCUGAGUAGAUCCUUUCGACAGGUGACUUUAGGCCCACUGCCGCCUCUAAAUGUGCGAUCAUCGUUUUCCUCUUGUUAUGUUGAGUGCAAACAGAUUUUACAGAUUGACUCAAGACUGACUGACUGCAGGUAAACAAACAGUGAAGUCCUUGUUUGUGAUGAAUGUAGUCCAGGGGAGACAAAUUAACAGCCAAAUUAAUGUGCAUCCUCAAAAGAGCACAAUCAACUUCCUAAUGAGGAAAUCGUAUUCAGUUAGAGGAAUAAAGAAAGUGUUGGUUUCCUGCUGUGACUGCUAACCCACAUCCCUACCGACCACCUCCUACACUCAGUUGUUGACGCAUAACUUUUGCAUCUGACUUUCCGCUGAACUUGUGGUGCUUCGGUUGAAGGAAAGGUCAAGUGAAUUUGUUCUAUUAUUGUAACACUAACAUACUAGUAUUGGGGGGGGAAAAAGUGAAAUUCACUGCCUUUUACUCUGCCCCAAGCAUAUCAAACUCAAGCAUCUUGAUUUAAAAACACUAUCGAAUGAUAGUUUUGAUACUAUGUGAUUUAAAAGCUGAAUAUAUUAAACCAGGAAAUAUUAUACCAGAGAGGAAGGAAUGUUGUAAAUAGAGUCUAAGCACUGCGAAACAUUCAUGAUGAUGACUGUUGCUUGGUAUAGUGCUUUAGUUUUAAUAUUUGAAUUUUCAUAUAUUCUCCUAUUUUAUUUCUGUUGUACACUUUUUAAUUUGUAUAUUGGUAAUAUGAUCUCUUGUUUUGAUGCUAUGAUGGUUUCUGUUGGUGUUGAAAAGGAAAUAAAAUACAAAUGCAAGCAAGA